AUGGUCCGCAUCUUAGAGACUGAUACCACUGCCCAAGCCGCUUGGAAUAAACUCAAAUCAACUUUUCUCAACAACAAAGGGUCAAAUGCAGCAGCCCUUGAACAAGAAUUCAGCAGUCUUACUUUGGGAGCUUGUUCAUCAAUGGAAUCAUAUUGCCAAAAACUUAAAGAUCUUGCUGAUCAGCUUGGAGAUGUCGAGAACCCAGUCCCUAAGUCUAGACUGGUCUUACAAAUGGUUCGUGGGUUGCCACCAGAGUUUGAUGUUGUCGGGGCCUACAUCAAUCAAAGCUUUCCGUCAUUUGAUACAGCUCGCAGCAUGUUACAACUUGAACAACACAGAUAA